ACUCGUCUAUUCGCUCCUUAUCCGAGUCCGCGAUAUCACAACGGUGAGGGGAAGAAAAAGCGAAAUCCAAUCAAUGCACACACACGUCGAUGCCAUCAUCAUUCACAUUAUCGCAAUCACCAACCACCGUCUUGCAUGUGCACAAUCUCUCCAACCGUCGCCCCGAGUUUCGAGUCGCAGGCAAUUCAAUCGACAUGUCUAAUGCGUCAUCACUCACAUGCGGAUUCGCAUGCGUUCUCCAGAAAAUUGUUCAUACGAGCUGGCUAUCUGGACAACUCACACACUUUCGUCAACCGUCGGAAAUCGCGUAGACAGCCGAGACACAUAUCGCAGUCCACGGAGUCUACUGGCAUUUACACCGACGGUGCACAAUUGUGUAUACGCACCCAACCACCCCAUUGUUUUUGUACACACCUACCGAAAUCUGCCACUUCCCUCAUGUCCAGUGUGAAAUACGCCGACUACAUUGAUCCGCAACACGAUAUUCUGAAGUAUCCUGGCGCUCCACCUAAUGCCGACCAUGACACCUGCUUGUUCCGUAACAAGCAUCGCGUGUGUUCCUCCUCCCCCUUCUCGACAUGCUCCUCAUACGCAUCGUCAUCAGACCUGUCCGAAUCCUCAACAUGUGGAACCGAUCUUUCAGACACUGCAUCUGCCGGCGAAUACUCCUUCCCGUUCACGGUGGAUGACAACUAAACCUGGAAACCGAUAUUUUAUUGAUUUGUUCUCACUUGGGAACAGCAUAGGACCUUUGUAUUCGUAUUCUGCAAAGAGACAGGCUAAUAAUCUAGGUUGUUUGUUAAUAUUUCUCGCGAUGCCAAGCGUACCAACAGAUAUAUGGGACAGUUUGCCGAAACAUG